UCCCCGGGCACCUUCUCCCCUCGCUGGAACUCCGCGGGGCUCGCAUUGCUAAUCCCGCCAUUUUCUGAACCACCCUGCGUCGAGUGCUCGCAGGCAUUCCUAGAAUCGUCGUUCGCGCCAGCAAUUAGGUUCGUCCGCGUCUCGUGCUAGGACGAUUCAGCAGUCUCGUGCUAGGACCCACUCAUCGCUGAAACGCUUCUGGUUGAAUCGCAAGAGACUGGUGGUGGUGAACCGCACGUGAACCCCUUUCCCAACAGACUGCUGUUUGAGUCGACACAUAAGGCUUCGAGCUGAAUCGCAACAGAUUAGUGCGGUGAAUCGGACGUGACCCAUUCCCGACCGAUUGGUGGUGGUGGUGGUGGUGAAUCGGACAAGAAUCGCAUUCCCAACCUAUUGGUUAUUGGUGGGGUGGAUCGGGCGUGAAUCCCGUUCCCAACAGAGUGCUGGUGGAGAGACGGGGAUCGGGAGCAUGGGGGGUCCAGACGGCGGCGGGGAUCAGAGGCCAUCGACGGGGCAGAACGUGCCGCAGUGGUUCUACCAGGACUGGGCUGGCGAGCAUGGGCCUCGAACGCUCCUCCAACUGACGCAGGCGCUUCAAAAGGGUUAUUUCACCCCCGACCUCCUGGUUCGCAAGGAGGGCACGCACCGAUGGCACACGCUGCGAGACGUGCUGGACCUGCGACAACUGCUGCGCGCCAGAAAACACGUGCAGCCCGCCCCCGACGCAGCAGCAGGAGGGACCCCCUCGCGAACAGCGGUCUCUCUCGAAGCAGCCACUGCCGCGUCAGCAGCCGCUCUGGCGGGGAUCUCGCCGCGGAGAGACGGGUCCCCUGCAACCGCCACGUCAGCUGCCAUACCAGUCGUCAGCCUGAUUUCCGGAAGUCCCGGGGCUCAGGACGAUCCAAUCACAAACCUAUUCAGGACACCCGGGCAGGAGUGGUUCUACGUGGACAUGCACGGGGAGGUGCAGGGCCCCUUCAGCUCGCAGAAGAUGCAGCGCUGGUGGACCAACCCCCUCUACAAGGACCACUUCUCCUCGCUCAAGUGCCGCAGAGGUCACCAUGGUGAAUUCCGCCUGCUGCCUGAAAUAGCGGAGGAAGUGGCCGCUAAAGGACCUCCUCCGGAAUCACCCAAGCAACUUGGGUACAAAGAGCUGAUUAACCUGGGGAAGCAGAACCGGGAGAGUGAGCGGUACGUGCGGUCGGGGUCCCGCAAGGAGGAGAGCGACCUGGCGAAGGAGGUGGAGGACUUGAAGCAGCAGGUGGAGAGGCUGGAGGUGGAGAACGAGGGGCUGCGCAACUCGCAGGAAGACACCUUCAUUCUGCGCAUGCAAGUGGAGCGUCUGCUACGAGAGAAGGCAGAGCUGGCCCGGGAGGUGACUAUGCUGAAGCGCGAGAAGGAGAGUCUGCAGGAGCUGCUGCAGUAUGCACAGCAGUUUGACAUCGCGGACGAGGGUGUGGCAGACGAGCUCAUUGCCGGGGAGGAGGAGUGGGUGGGGGAGCAAGGGCUGGGCGGGUCAGACAGGGCAACAGAAGAGUGGUUUGAAGAGUUGAGGGUUGCCUCUCAAACGGUGCAGAGUGGUUUGGAGGAUGCUCAGGCUUAGAGUAAGUUGGGUGGGGGAAAAAGAGGGAUGGAUCGGUUAAGGGAGAGGAGGAGAGUCUGCAGGAGGUGCCUCCAGUGCGCGCAGCAGACUUUUGAAUCGACUUCAAAGUCAGCUUGUCGGGGGGAGCUGAUGCAGUACGCACAGCAGUCAGACAUUGCGAAUGAAGGUGGGGGGAGGAGUGGGGGGGAGAGCAGGGGUUUGGGAGUGGGUCAAAACAAGCAACGGAGGAGUGGUUUGAAGAGCUGAGAGCUGCAUCUCAAACGGUGCAGAGUGGUUUGGAGGAGGCUCAGGCGUAGACUAUGUGGGUGGGGGGGUCGGAUCAAGCCACGGAGUGGUUUGAAGGGCUGAGAGCUGUGUCCCAAACGGUGCAGAGUGGUUUGGAAGAUGCUCAGGCUUAGAGUGUGUCAGGGAAGGAGAGAGAGGGAUGGAUCAAGCAGCAGGGUGGGGAAGGAGGAUGCACGCGUUGGCGGGAGCUGCCUGGAGCAGCAGGCACAGCCAAAGGCACAGCAGGGUGGCUCUACCCGUAGUGUAUGAGCUUCUGUAGGCGGGCGACGCAGCAGCAGCUGCAGCAGUGUAGCGCAUCAGCCUAUGGGAUGCUUUAGUCAGCUUUAGUCAGCUGGGAUGCAUUAGUCAGCUGGGACUGGGAUGCUGUAGUCAGCUUUAGUCAGCUGGGAGGGAUGCAUUAGUCAGCUGGGCCUGGGAUGCUUUAGUCAGCUUUUCUCGCCAGCUUAGGCAAUCUGGUUGCAAUCAAGAGGAGCUUUCAGAUGCCUUGUGUGGUAGCCGCUGCAAGUUUUCUCACCAGAUUUUACGUACGGUAGUUGUAGCUAGGCUUGAUUUUAUAUCACUGGAAUAUUGUUAUAGCUUUCCAUUCUAUGAUUUGGACUAGCUGCAGUAAA